AUGUCGAUCGUUUGUGAAAAAGUUGAAAAGACGGAAAAGUCUAAAAAGGCUGCAUACGUCGGUGUUAACGAUUUCAUUACUGUGCAACGAACUGAACGACCUAAGGAUAUACCCAUUGCUGAGAAAUGGUGCAUGGAACCAUGCUUUUUGCCUGUUUAUUACCAAGAUAUGGCGGAGAAGAUUGAAAACUUUGUUGUUCGUCCUGAUGAUGUUUGGGUUAUUACCUAUCCUAAAUGUGGAACAACAUGGACGCAGGAGAUGGUAUGGCAGAUAUGCAACAAUUUGGAUUAUGAGGGUGGAAAGGAAAAGCUAUCAAUACGUUUUCCGUAUUUGGAGAUUGGUUGCUUGAUGUCGCGUGAGAUACCAGAUAUGGAUGAAAUUACUCGGCUGAAUAAUAUGCCAUCGCCAAGAUACAUCAAAAGUCAUCUACCAGCUCAUCUACUACCUCCGCAAAUUUGGACUGUGAAGCCAAAAAUUGUCUAUGUUGCACGAAAUUGCAAGGAUACGGCAAUAUCUUGGUAUCAUCACUACGUCAAUUUCCAGCACUACAAACAAUCAUUUUCCGACUUCAUGGAAGCCUUUUUAAAUGACAUGAUUGAUUUUUCACCCUAUCACUCCCACAUAAUUGACUUUUGGAAUAUGAGACAUGAGGAAAAUAUCCUCUUUCUCACAUUUGAAGAGAUGAAAUUCAACCAUCCAGCUGUAAUUGAGAGAACUGCUGCAUUUUUCAGGAAAACCUACUCUAAGGAACAAAUUGAUGUCCUUGCGGAUCAUUUGUCAUUUGCUAAAUUUUCCAAAAAUACCUCAUGCAAUAUGGAGUUUAUCCUAAAGAUGGUUGAAGAUUCGCUUAAUGUGAAAAUGGUUGACCCGAAUUUCCGGAUCACGCGCAAAGGGGCUGUAGGAUCGCACAAGGAGGAAAUGACACCGGAACUAAUUGCCAAAUUCAACGAUUGGACCGAUAGUGAGAUGAAAAAGUGGCAUUGUGAUCCAGAACUCCGGAAAGUAUUCAUUCUCUAA